GAUGCGGGGCGGGUCUCCCCUAAACCCCGCCCACCGAGAUCCCUACCCAUUAGGCCAUUACUUCUUCAAUUCUUCAUCAGUUCGAAUUGAUCCAAGUUUACUAUGCUACAUCACCCGCAUAAAGCAAUCGCCUUUUUCAACUCUUCCAUACCCCCAAAUUGGAUUUCUAGGGUUUCGAAUUUGCUACAAUGCGCAUCAUUCUGCAACCUGAAAGUCCAUUGGCGCAAAGACGAAAAGCUAGACGAAGCCAUUCAAGCCGACAAGAAAUGGCGCCUCUGCGCCAGAGUUGUCAAAGAGGUUCUCAACGAACCAGGUCAAGUGAUGCCAUUGCAGUACUUAGAGAAGCGAAGAGAUAGAUUAAGACUCAAUAUCAAAGCGAAAACUUUCAUUGAUCAUAACCCUCUUUUGUUCGACAUAUAUUUCGAUCGAAUUCGACCUAAAUCGGAACCUGUUCCGUUUAUUCGACCUACCGACUCACUUCGUAAAUUUUUAGAAGAGGAGGAGAGGAUUUUUGCCGAAAAUGAGAAGUUAAUUGUUGCGAAACUGUGUAAAAUGUUGAUGAUGGCGAAAAAUAGGGUGGUUAAUGUUGAGAAAUUGGUGCAUGUGAAGCGAGAGUUCGGGUUUCCGAAUGAUUUUUUGAGCAAAUUAGUGCCCAAAUACCCCAAUUAUUUCAGAUUGGUUGGAGAUUCAGAUGAGAAAUCGUACUUAGAGUUGGUUUCCUGGGAGCCUGAGUUUGCGAAUUCAGUAAUAAUGUUAAGGGCAGAGGAAGAAGAAAGGUUAACAGGGAUUAGGGUUAGGCCUUCAUUUAAUUGGAAACUACCACCAGGGUUUUUCAUCAAGAAGGGGAUGAGGGAAUGGGUUAGAGAUUGGAUGGAAAUGCCUUACAUUAAUCCUUAUGAUGAUGCAUCUCAUUUGCACCCAGCUUCGAGUGAGAUGGAGAGGAGGAUGGUUGGGGUACUUCACGAGCUGUUAUCGUUGUCGUUGUACAAGAGAAUCCCUGUUCCAAUUUUAGGGAAGUUCAGUGAGGAUUAUCUGUUGUCAAAUGCAUUUUCGAGUGCGUUUACUAGGCAUUCUGGUAUAUUCUACUUGUCUUUGAAGGGAGGGAUAAAAACUGCGGUGCUGAGAGAGGCGUAUAAAGGUGGUAUCUUGAUUGAUCGGGAUCCGUUGCUUGAGAUCAAUGACAAGUUUUCUGAGUUAUUGGAGGAGGGGUGGAAAAUGAGGAUGGAGGAAUUGAGAUUGAGGAGGGAAGGAGUUGAGAAUGGCAUUGAUUCAGUAGCACCUGGUAGUUCAGAGUUGCAGUUUGAAGAGAAUGAUGAAGAGCUCUGAAGUUCCUAAAUGAGAUGGAAAGAAGACUUCAACUUGAGGUCAAGGUAGGACCAAAGUUGUCAUGACAACAGGUAUGAAUUAUAAUAUAGUAAAAUGUUGCUCACACAAAAGAAAUGGCAUAUUUUACAACGGUCUGGAACCUAAUCAGCUUGAUAUCAGCUGGUAUUCCAAAAUCACUCCCUUGUUGAUCCUUUUGUUAUAUACCAUCAAAGAAGCGCCUUUUUGUGACCAACAAGAAGUGCAUGAAUAUUGGUUCUAUAUUGGUAGAAGCUAUUUAAGUAGAAGCUAGUUAGAUUUUACUUUAGUACAAAAGAAGAUUAUUUCUUUUUAUCUAACACCAUCCGUGCCCCUUUUUAAUUUGUGAUGUUGCUGAAGAUGGAGAGAAGAACAAAUAUUGGUAUAUUGGUUUUCAUUACUGCAUUUUUAGCUCUGAUAUCCAAGUCAAAUAGUCAAUAUAGACCAGCCCCUACAAUUCCAUACCCGGGUUAUCCAGCCCUCCGUCCUCUAUGCCUUUCUCAAUUCGCCCUUGUUAACCAUGCAUGUUCUAUGCUUCCUUAUAAUCCGUUGACCCCACCUGCUCUACCUUCUCCGCCACCUCCACCUGCACCUACUGCUCAACCCCCUUGCCCCCCGAAAAAUGGGCAUCGACAUGGACACCAUCACAGGCAUAGGCAUACCAGUACCAGUACCACCCAUGUGAGCGCUGCAGCAGAUGAAUGUUGUCGUUGGUUGAAAGAAGUCGACACUCAAUGUGUGUGUGAUUUGCUGGUUCGUUUGCCCAUAUUUCUGGCUAAGCCUUCACAUGAUUAUACAGUUGUUGUUAGCGAUGAUUGUAGUGUCACCUACCAGUGUCCAGGUAGGGUGAUGAAUUGAUUUGAAAGGGGUUUUAACUUUGAUUUCUAAGGUGUUAGAGUAUGUACUAUGUAGUAGGGUAAAGGGGUUUGGUAUUUUGUUAUGCAAUUUUUAAAAUAAUAAUAGCUGUUUGCAUAUGGUGCUUUCUUUUGUGUGUACUCUUCAAAUAAUAUAGCUCUUUGCAUUUGUAUAA